GUGACGCCCCUCUGUCCCCGCGGCAGGUGACGAGGACGAUGACGACGAAGGCCGCGAGGAGCGGCUGCCGUCGUGCUUCGAUUACGUCAUGCACUUCCUGACGGUGUUCUGGAAGGUUCUGUUCGCCUGCGUCCCCCCCACGGCGCUGCUGGGGGGCUGGGCGGCCUUCGGCGUCUCCAUCCUCCUCCUCGCGCUCCUCACCGCGCUCAUCGGCGACCUGGCCGCGCACUUCGGCUGCACCCUGGGCCUCAAGGACUCGGUCAACGCCGUCGUCUUCGUGGCCCUGGGCACCUCCAUCCCCGACACCUUCGCCAGCCGCGUGGCCCCAGCAGUGUCCCCAUGUCCCCAUCAGUGUCCCCAGUGUCCCCAUGAUGUCCCCUGUCCCCUCAGACACCUUCGCCAGCCGCGUGUCCCCAUGUCCCAUGAUGUCCCCUGAUGUCCCCUGAUGUCCCCAGUGUCCCAGCAGUGUCCCCAUGUCCCCAUCAUGUCCCCUGUCCCCUCAGACACCUUCGCCAGCCGCGUGGCCCCAUCAGUGUCCCCAUCAGUGUCCCCAUGUCCCCAUGAUGUCCCCUGUCCCCUCAGACACCUUCGCCAGCCGCGUGGCCCCAUCAGUCCCCAGCAGUGUCCCCAUGUCCCCUGAUGUCCCCAUCAGUGUCCCCAGUGUCCCCAUC